AUGUUUCUUAACCCGUGGAAACGCGGAUUUACACGACUGCAACGUCGAAUAGGCUUUUGGUCGCGGUUUUUGAAUCGGCGUCUUCUUUUUAUUUUGACGGUACUUACAGCAAUCAAUUUGUUGCUUUUCUACUUCACGAAAUUCAACUAUGAGCAUUUCACGGAUAAAACUCAGGGGCGGGAUGGACGCAGCAAAAGUCAGUUGAUAGCCUCACCAUCACAAUUCCCGCAUCCUUGGGUAGGGACGCUUUGGAAGGGACCGAUGACAAAUGCGAAUGCACCAUCGCUGAGUUUACUGUUAAGUGGCUGUCAACCGCUGGACACCCUACCGAAGAUCUCGCCGGAGCCAAGCGUGUUUCCCGAGGGAUUUUCCCAAAUGAACUGGUCAUGGGCCAGGAAGGAGUAUACCGUGUUAUUGAAUCAAACGACGGAAAGCGUGACGCAGAGCUCGGAUAAAUUUAAGGCUAUUAAGACAUACCAAAAUCAUGGUGUGUUGUUACCCGAGCUUUCAGAUGGUACUCAUAGUGACAAGAAUAAAUUUGUGGAGGUUGGCGCGAAGCCACAGCCAUCUGAAGAGCUUGAAGCAUGUUACGCCAAGGAAGCACGUUUACCUGAGUAUAAUGUGAAAAUCCGUAAUGCGCUGAAGGGACAUGUUGGCUUGUUGCAAUUUUGCGACCCAACAGACGUGGACUACACCCCGAGCAAGGAUUUCGCCUGCGUGGCGUACCUUAAAAACCCUGCAAACUGGCUAGCGCUGAAGCCCAUGUCAAGUAUUCUUUCGUACGGACGUACGAUUAAGUUACUUCUCUCCUUUCGUCACGGCAACAUCACGGCAGUGGUUAAACUUUCCCAGAAGAGAUUUGUACUGGAGCCGGCGAGCGAGACUGUGGCGUUUCAUAUGGACCGAGUUCUUGGGUUUCGGCGUGUACCGCCAACAGCGUGGGUGGAGUUCCCUGUGGAUUACAUUAAAGCUGCCGCUGCCACGCUUGGGUCCUUCUAUGUACGGUGGAUGGAAACCGCGGUAUUUACAUCUAAGCGGGGGGAAGCGGCCACGUCAUUGUGUCAGGAUCCACGUCUAUCAAAUACACUUGGGAUGCCGAAGCCGAGAUGUAUUCUGGCAUCGGUACAGCUUUGGACUUGGGACGUGGAUAAGGAAGAGAAUUCAAUCUUUGGGGGUUAUAUACUGCAUGAAAGGGCGAAGGGGAGGGCGCAUGGCGACAAAAAAAGUACCGGCAAAAACGGUGAUGAGGACGAUGAUGAUUGGAUUGUAAAUUGUUUUGAGGAAAACAAAAGCAUUGGCAGUGGAGAUAAAGAAGAGACGAGACUGACAGUGUCGCAGGAGUUGAUGACGCGUGAGCGUUGGGAUCAAUUAGCAUUUGAUGCAAUUAUUGCCAACUAUGAUCGAUGGCGGGGGCACAACACAAAUGUGGUGGCGGCAUGUGCACCUACGCUGCCCUGUUACGUCGCACGGGCCAAACGCGUAUGUGAGCAACCCUCUAAAAGCACACCGCGGUACAUCUUUCUUGAUCAAGGGAGCGCGUUUUACAUUAAUGGCAUUGCGAACACAAGUGUUUUUUACCCGAAGCGUCACCCACCAUUUUGCCAUGUUAAUCGAAAAACAAUUGAACGUCUGGAGCAGGUUGCCCUUUUUGCUAUUCGCAUGGAGGAUGCCAGAAGCCCCAUCCGUGCUGAGGCGCCUCUUAUAGCGGCCGUGACAAAUAGCACGAUCGCAGAGCUUGAAAAGAAGCAUGUGGGAAAUGCCAUCUACUCCCGUCUUUUGUUGCCAAGACUGCCACCGAAGAUCGGAGUUGUUUUGCCUCAUUCUUUGAUAAAAAUGGCAUGUUCUCGUGUGUGGUCCAUCCUUGCCCACCGCACACGAUGUUUGCAUACUCGAGGGAUGUCGAGCCUCUUUUGA